AUGGUCAAAAGGAGAAGACAUCCAAGGGAAUGGGACACGGAAGACGAAAUCAAGUUGUUUAACCUUGUUUGUGACUACAAACCUGCAGGAACUCAGAAGGACGCCCAAGCUAAGAUAAUAGUGAAAUUAAUUAAUGAGGAGUUACCGAGUAAUAAAGAGCCAUUUUCAGUUGAAGAUGUAUGGCAAAAGCUUGCCAAAUUGUAUGACUUGCUGAAAUUGGAUGCUCUUGAGGACUUCAAGGAUGAGACCGAAGAAAGUGAUAAGCUGAAGGAAGAGGUUAAGGUGGAGGGUGAAGGCUCAAGUGAAGAGAACAAAGAGGAGGUGAGUGAAGAUAAGAAGCAGGGAGACAUAGAGAGUGAGGAAGGUGUUGACAAUGAGGAGGAUAAAGAAGAUGAGGAUGAGGAUGAAGACGAGGAAGAAGACGCUGGCGAGGAGGAAGAAGAUUUGAAAAAGGAGGACGAUGGUGAGGUGGUGGGAGCUCAAGAUGACGAUCAGAAUGAAGCUGGUGAAGGCGCCAGCGCAGACGGGGAAGCUGAAGUUGAAAAUGACAAAGAAGCCGAAGAAGACGAUGAGGAGGAAGAUGAUGACGAUGAUGAAAAUACCACACCCUCUCCCAAGAGUAAGCGUAAAGAAAAGGAUGUAAAAAAGCAUCCUGAAGUAGAGCCGGAGUCAAAGCCUUCAUCAAGGACCAGCACCAGAAGGAGCAGGAGCAAGAGGGUCCAGGACGUAGAAGUCAAGAAAGACGAUGAUGAUGCGAAGAGCAGCAACGAGGAGGAAAACAACGAAGACCAUAAACGCAAUGACGACCAUGAUGAUAGCCAAGGUGAGGACGACAGUGAAAGCAGCGAAGAAGAUGAAGAAGACGACGACGACGAGAAAGCUGAAGAGGAGGACGAAAGCACGCCAAGGACUAGAAGAGGGAAUUCCAGAAAGCAAAUUUUAAUUCCUAAGAAAAGGACCAGAUCCAGCGCGAAGUUAGACAGUGUUGAAGCGGUCCAAACUCCAAAUAAACGUAAGCAAAAGACUGCAACACCCCCACCAACGAAGAGAAGAACUAGGUCGGAAGUUGUGAUAGAUCAUGAAGAACUGCUUCCAGUUUCUACACCAACAAACACGAGCUCCAAUAAUACAGUUGCUCAAACUCAAACUCGUACGAGACGCUCAACAAGGUCGGCAGGUCCAACCCCCGCUAAAACUUCCUCGCCUGUGCCAACUCCACCCACACAAAUUAGAAGAAGCUCGAGAAAGAAGUAG